AUGGCGAAGAUGUGUUUCGUAGCUCUGGCCUUCGCCACCACUGUGCAGGCACGGCUGGGAGAAGCCCCGAGGAACAUCUCAGGCCCAUCGCCGCAAGAUCUCCUCCCCGGAGGCGCGGCACGACGGGAGGAGUAUUGGGAGAAUGCAACCUUGCGUUGGAGCACGGAUCCCAGUCCCUCGGAGCUGCAGAACAUGCGCCGGCAUGCCGGCUACGACUAUUUGGCCACCACGACGAGAUAUGGCAACACCUGCUGUGCCUCCUGCGGCUCCAUCGACACUGGCCGACUGGUGCAGGGCACGGGCUUCUAUGCCGUGGCAUCUGCGGAGUCCAUGCAGGACCAUGGUAUCGGAGACGGGCACUACUGCACGAAGGAUGCCUCUUCGCGUGGUGGAACCCAGGGAAUGGGAUGCCUGUCUUGUGCCAAGGGCAAGUUUCUUCCGGCCCACCCCUUUUCCUAUCCUCUCUGGGCACAGCCGGGUGCCAGCAUCUUCCAGCGGGAGAUCAAAAUUGUGGUCGCAGACACCUGCCCGCACCAUGGCAACGAGGCCUGGUGCCCGGCCCGACAGGGCCGUGGGAACAAGUUCGGCGUGAGGAACCACUUCGACUUCGCGAAUCCACCGGCCAAGUAUGACAACUACUACUUCGUGUGGACAAAGAUUGAGUGCUCUGGUCGAGUGAAGCGCCGCUACGCGCAACUCAGCAGAUGCUAA